UAAACACUUUACCGUGCAAAUUCCUAUGAUGAAACAUAACAUGUGAAAACUAGGUUUCUUUGCUUAAUGUAUGUAUCUGACAUAAAGCGACGCGUGUCUCGGCAGCGCGCGGAGGCGCGUCAUUGUCAUCGGAGUAUAAAAGAAAGUGCGCGCGCUGCAGAGCGCACAGAGGUGCGCGCGCGAGAGAGAGAGGCACUGAUGAGACCGCGCUCUCGCUGUCGGUGAACUAAUUAUACUUAACGGGAACAAAGUGCAGUGUCACAAUGAACUUGAGAUAAAUUAGAUGAAUGGACUCUUUUCGCCGUUUGUAUCAUUUCACCAUGACAAGAGACUGAGUGGGAGUCUGCAAUGGAGAGGAUUAACACUACACAAACUCUGGAUCUGGGAGAAUGUGAGCACACACUGGAACCAAGCGUGGCUCUGGACAACUGCACAGACUCUGUCAGCGGGAACCUGUCUUUACGCUGCUGGCUGCAACUGUUGACAAAGGAGUCUAGUUCAACACUACAAGGUGAUGGGUCUAGUUUGGCCGUGCGUGUGAUGAUCGCCCUCAUUUAUUCGGUGGUGUGUGCUCUAGGACUUGUAGGCAACUCUCUGGCGCUCUACCUGCUACACUCACGCUACCAUCAGAAGCAGUCUUCCAUCAACUGCUUUGUGAUGGGUUUGGCUCUGACCGACCUACAGUUCGUCCUAACCCUACCGUUCUGGGCUGUAGACACGGCGUUGGACUUCCGCUGGCCCUUCGGCAAAGUUAUGUGCAAAAUCGUCAGCUCCGUCACCACCAUGAACAUGUACGCCAGCGUAUUUUUCCUGACCGCCAUGAGCGUGGCGAGAUACUACUCCAUCGCGUCCUCGAUGAAGAUGCAUAGUCGCAGAGCGGCGGCGGCUGCGGCCAAAUGGAUCAGCUUGGGCAUUUGGGUCGUAUCCCUGAUAGCGACGCUGCCGCAUUCCAUUUAUUCCACCGUAGCCCAAGUUGCAACGGAUGAGGAGCUAUGCUUGGUGCGCUUCCCCGAAACGGGAAGCUGGGACCCGCAGUUGUUGCUAGGACUGUACCAGUUGCAAAAGGUCCUGCUUGGUUUUCUGAUCCCACUAGUGGUGAUUACCGUGUGCUAUCUCCUACUUCUAAGAAUCGUGCUAAGCCGCAGAGUUAGCGGCGUUGCUGGCUCCGAAAGUGAGCAGGGCCGGCACAAGCGGCGCUCAAAGGUCACCAAGUCUGUUGUGAUCGUCGUCCUGUCGUUCUUCUUGUGUUGGCUGCCCAAUCAGGCCCUGACUCUUUGGGGCGUCCUCAUUAAGUUUGACCUGGUGCCCUUCAGCAAGGCCUUCUACAACGCCCAGGCGUAUGCUUUCCCGCUGACUGUGUGCUUGGCCCACACGAACAGCUGCCUCAACCCAGUGAUCUAUUGUCUAAUCCGCCAAGAAUUCCGCGCCGGACUCAAAGAGCUUCUGCUGAGGGCCACGCCGUCCUUCCGGAGCCUUACUCGGAUGCUUCCACGCAAGGCAAAGGUGUCUGAGGCGCCUCCGGUACUGGUUCUCGUGCAGAUGGAUGUUUGAUCCUUCACGUUCAACUUUGUUUUUGAUUGACAGGAUGAAGCAGGCGUGAGAAACGUCCUUUGGGAGCUGCCCCAGAUUCCCUUCCUCUCGUUCAGAAACUCUUGCGCAUUUCUCCCCUAACUUCCUCCAUACCUUUUGACGCAGAACUGUUUUCACAUGCAUCUCUGGUCAUCGUAGCCACGGGUGAAUUCUGGACACAUUCACCUGUUUGCUUCGCUGCAUAUUUGCAGCAAUGCUUGCUUUAGGAUUUCCCCCCUGAGACAUCCAUCAAAGGAGCGCUAAAUUUUUAAGCCUUUGGAAAAAAGAAGAAAAAACUGUUGAGAUGUGGAGGGGUUCAGCCCUUCUUUCAUUUUUUGAGAUAUAAAAAAAUAAUAUGUGAGGAGGAUCAGUGGUUAAUCCAUCAAUCAUUCAAUACAUUGUCAAUUAUACAUUUACUUGCAGUUGUGUAGAUAUAAUGAAGUUUCACCUUUUGAUUAGUGUUUAAAUCCUGUACAAAACUAACAAACUAUCUAUCUAACAAAAUCAUAAUUUUGUGAAUGACCAGUCAAACUGUGCAAAUAAUGCUUUUGACAAUUUCUUUUUCAUUUCAAUUUUCCAUAUAACUGGUCUAAAUUAGUGUAAAACUAUAUUUUAUUCUAAAUACACCAUAUUUGAGACAUAAAGGGAUAGUUCACAUAAAGAUGUAUUCACCCUCAUAUCAUUUCAAAUUUUCACUUCCAGAAAACACCAAAGGAAUUGAAUGUCUGAGCAGCUCUCUUCUUCACAAGAAGAACGGAGAACAGGUUUUAAAAAAGUAUAAAGAAGUAUCUCUGAUUCAAGCACUAAUUUCAAAGUGUUAUGAAAUCAUUUGAAAGCUUUUUGUGAGAAACAGACUGAAAUUUAACUCAGUAUUAACGUAAAAUCCCACCCUAAUAGCCAUAAUCCCCAUUGACUUCCGUUGUAUGGAAAACAGCAGCUUGGACAUUCAGUUAUUGACUUUUCCAUUUGUGUUCUACUUACAAAAAAAAAAAGUCAUCCAAGUUUUGAAAGACGUAAGGUGGAGGAAAUAAUUUAAAGUCACUCUUUAGAUUAGGGCCCAAUUUUCACUAUUAAAGAUACAAUAUGCAGGAUUUUUUGCCAAAAGGGGUCGCUAACCACUUACAAUAACAAAGGCGUAUAUUAAUGAAGUCUGCAUUAAGCGGAAUUAUGGAUCUUGUCGUCAAGCUGACGGAUCUUUUAUGGAUGAGUGAAUAUAUUGAUGUUUUUAACAUGACUGUGGAAUGAAGCAGGGCGCGAUUGCUAGACGUAUACUAGCGCCACACGCAACAGAUAUAAAAGAAUAAGGACAUUUCAGUCAACCGAACUACAUGCAAGUGCAGAAUUAAUACCAACACAGGUCAGUUUAUUAGAUGAAUGAAACUUGAGGUAACUUGCUCUAACAGUUACACUAUCACACUAAAUGGGAUUUAAGUGUGUUGUAUGUUGUUCGUUAAGUUAGGUUGUUAGUUGGCUGUAUGAGCUAAGCUAGAUUAACAUUAGAGAUUAACACACAGAUCAUAUUCUAACUUUUCAUCAUGUUCAACUUAUAUUGAUUAGUUUUAUGUACAUUUGCUCACCUGUCUAAUAAAGCAGCUUACAUGCAACUCUUGCGUCUCUGUCAAGUCGAAGUUAGUCGUGGACGUGGAGCUUUCGACAUCUCGAAAGAUGUUGAUCUUGGUUCUAGUCCUCUUUUGGCUCAAGGUCUGCUUGCCAUGGUCCAAAAUGUUUGAACGAAAUAACAACACCGUGAGCGUCUUUCUAGGCAUAACCGGCAUAACCCAGUUGUCAACAUCAGUCACCAUGGUUACUAUUGCAGUACGAGGUCAAACCUGGCGGAAACCGAGGGUAACGUGGAUUUGACGCCAUUGACUGGCGACUACUCACCCCUGCUCAGACGUCCCGUUUCCUUGGUUAAAUAUCGCAAUUUUCUCACGAUUUACAAAUAGUAGGAAAC